AUGGAGCCCCAUCAUCCUCCGGUACAAGAGUCUCUCAGAGUCUCUUGUGAUCGUUGCCGGGCGAAAAAGUUGGCCUGCGUCAUCUCCACACCGGAAGAGUCGCGGAGUGCCGGACAGCAAUGUGACCGAUGCAUUCGGGCGAGAUUAGAAUGCGUCUUUAGUCGGCGCGCGCAGACACGCAAGGGCAACAACGGCACCCGGCGCACAAACAAAGAACGUACCAGGAGCAACACAACGUCGCAGAGGUUUGAGAUGCAGUGUGACCCGCAGCAACCGACGGAGACCGGAUGUGCUUUGGUAUCAUCCGGACUACUCCCUGGCUCUUCCAUGGAUCUCACAACUCUCGACCCCUCUUGGGAACUCAUGCAUGGCGAUGGUUUACCUGCAAUGGACGACCACGUGCUGCAUACUUAUAUCAGCUCUCUCUCUAAGGAUGAGGAGAUUUUCCGUCAGCCGCAUCCGCUCGAGAAUCACUUCGACAUGUCUUCCUUGCCUCUAACAGCCGAAAGCAGCUGCAGAACACCACUUUGGGGUCAUGCAUCCUCUGGGUUUGGAGACUCCUCCCCCGAUAAGCGGAGUAGCCCUUCUCAGUUCAUGAGUGUCUCUGUGCUCGUGACUGAGAUUCAUGAGCAAACCAUUAUACUUAAAGGCGACCCUCGCAUUCCGAGCCUCAGUGGUGUCGAAGAAAGCCCCCAUAAGUACUCCGUUGGUCCAGUCUUGAGGCUGACGCGAAGACUUGCCGCUGAACUGCGACACUUGUGGCGGCCAAAGUUGUCGACCCAAGACAUACAACAACAACCUCGUCCCGCCUCUUCUCUCUCUGCUCCCACAUAUCCCGUGUGUCCAGGCAGCACAGAUAUCUUGAGCGUACCUCGAGAUCAACAAACACCAUCUGAACUUGAUUCUAGGUCAAGUUUCACAGAGACGCCGGAUUUGGCAACCAAUCUCUUAAUGUUGACCGGUUACGCGUCUCUCGCGAAACUAUACCUGACCGUACUCAACCAGAUCCACAAUGUCCUCCAACAAACACCACAAUUUGCUUCUUCCUCUCGUCAUGCACAGUCUCACGAACCCGGAGAAGCAGAGAUACUACAGUCUGGGGAACUCUCAGCAGCUAUUGGGACAUUUGAAGCUUGUAGUAGGGUUUAUACAACCAUACAAAUGCUUCUGGACGAGUUUCACGCCGUGGAGGAGAUUGUUUCACUUCCUCAUCUGCACGACCUCGAUACCUUACCUUUUGAGAAGGAGAACAAUUCACUAGAAACGGCACAGCAGCAGCAGCCGCGAGGGGCGGAUCUUGAAUCUCAUACAAGCUGGCUGACAGGACAGAUAAAAAUGGUCAGGGCAGGUUUAAAGGAAGAUAUAUCUCGCACCCUGGGAAAUGGCAGCCAAGGAGAAUGGAGCAGCGCACUACAGUUUGGUCAUUAUCUCAAGGCAGUGCUUCGUGAAAGGAUGGGCUUAUAG